AGGGUCCAGAGGGGCGGGGUCCACGCUGGCCGGAGCCGGCCGUCGUUGAGGGGGCGGGGGGGAGUGUGUCUCUUCCUGCGCGUGCGCAGUGCGAAUUUCCCUCGCUGCUGCGGGCCUGUGCGACAUGGAAUUUCGCUCUGCUCGGCGAGCGAUACUUCAGUUGCUGGAGGCUGUGGCUCCGGCAGAUCGACCGGCGCUGCUGCAGUGGAUGCGAACUACGCGAGAUUUUGAUGAAUUCACUCAAGACAAUAAUGACACUAUGUUGAAAAACAUAGCUGAUGACCUUCGGAAUUGCUUACCUCUAGAAACCAUGCUUGCCUCAGAACCUGUAGCCCUUCAAAAAAUGCAGCAGCAGCCGGAACCCACAGUUCACGUUGACGCAUUCCUUUACGAUGAAGAUUUUAUUGAUUCAUUAUGUGAGGAGGGAAGAAUGAGCAGAAACUACUGUACCGUGUGCGGCUCGCAGCAGACGGCACCUUUAGGCUUUAUUUCUCAUUCCUUCUCCCUCGUGGAAUUGAAGUUCAUUUAUCAUCACGUACUCCCUGACCUGUCAGGAAAGGUCUUGGUGGACGUUGGCUCCAGACUUGGCACGGUCCUUUAUGGGGGUUACCUUUACAGUUCAGCAGUGCAGCUGUAUGGAGUGGAACUGAAUGGAGACUUUUGCCAGUUACAGGAGAUGGUCAUUAAAAAAUACCAGUUCAGUGACAGAAUAAAGGUGAUCCACGCAGACAUCUGCACCCAGGGUUCGCUUCUGCACAGUGCCGAUGUUGUUAUAAUGAAUAAUGUCUUCGAAUAUUUUCUUAAUGAGACAGAACAGGCCAGCGCCUGGGAGUAUAUCAGCUGUCACCUAAGGAAGCCAGGAUCGUUAUUAGUGACGGUACCAAGUCUCGAAGAUUCUCUCUCAGGUCUUCAGACUAACAUACAGUUAUCCUCCUGGGCAGAAGAGGUACCACUGAACUAUGACGUGUACCCACAAAAUGACACUGACAGAGAAGCUCUUGAACAAAUUCAUUUAUAUAAGAUUCUCCAGCCCUAAAAUAGUCCUCCUUAGUGUAAUGUUUUGUUGAGUAUAUUACAAAAUCAAAAAGAAGCUAAGCAUGGUGGCGCAUGCCUAUAGUCCCAGCACUUGGGAGGCUGAGGCAGGA